AUGUUCUCAUCCUCGGGCAUUGACCCUCCGGACGCGGAGUCGGCGAAUGCCCGUCCGCGAAAUCGCCGCGCCAAUGCUGCCACCGUGGGCACGGCCAGGACAUCUUCGGGCGAACGUUACGGCAAUGCUGCAGUCAGUCCAGGCCCGGCCUUUUCUUCCUUCACCACGUGGGGAGGCAUCGGAAUGGGCGACGGCAGCAAUGCCGGCAACAGCAGCAGCCGGCGCGGGGGGCUGCUGUCUCCCGGCUCGUCGGCCUGGGUCCCCAGCUGGUCGUCGAUACAGGAGUUUGCCUCCACCCUUUUGGCCAGCACCGACAGUACGCCUGCGGCCGAAGCAGCCAGACGUCGAAAGUCUGGCGCGCCUCGCAGGCUGCCCGACAGCUGGGGCCCUGCACCUCCCGAGGCGUCCGGCUCGCGUCCUGGACUGCAGGAUGUGGCAGCCGGUCCGGUUGCGGCUCGAGAUGCGGAGCUGCGGGCGCGAAAAAAGGCCAGUGUCCUCGAGAGUCACCCGGGCGUCAACGGUGGCCUGGACACGCGCGGCAAGUUCAAGCGGAGGACGUCGGAUGACGACCUGCGGAUCACGGCCACAGAUGCGGGGCAUGAGGCCGAAGACUGCAUGGUCUACGUCCAUCAUGUCCGGCCGACGGACACGUACUUUGGCAUCAUUCUCAAGUACAGGUGUCGCGAAGAUGUCUUCCGCCGAGCCAACGGCCUGUGGACGCGAGACAACAUUCAGAUUCGAAAAUGGCUGGCGCUGCCCGUGGACGCCUGCGAGAUCAAGGGCCGACCCUGUGACGAUCCGUCGCUGGUUUCGAAAAGCCCCCCGGCCGGUUCCUCGGGCGACUAUCUGACGUCUCCAUCGGCCAGCACAGGCAGCAAGACCCGGGCCAAAGCGGCGUCCGGAGAUGCGGCAGGUCCUGCAUGGACCCAUGUGCGAUGGGUGCGGCUGGAAUCGUGCCCCGAUCCUGUCGAGAUCGCCCGUGUUUCGCGGACUGCCUUGGGCUACUUUCCGCCGCGCCGGAAGAAGAGCAUCCACAGCACCGUGUCGUCGCUGUCGACGCCACGCCAGUCCAUCGAUAUUCCUGCCGACAACGGCUUGUUGGCAGACCGGACAGCCCUGCCGGAAAGCCCACGCCGCGGAUCUCGCCGGCAGAGCCAGGGCAUGCUAGGCGGCCGGGCAGCACGCGGAGCGUCGCCCGUUUCGUCGUCCCCUCUGGCCGGAAUUGACGGUGUCGGCGCCGAAGACACCAGGCCGGCAUGGAUGCGGCGUCCGGGCGGAGUGGGUUCUAUGGGCAGCAGCGUGCAUGCUCCCGGACCAGCGAGAGACUACUUCAAUAAGUGGACGACGAAACAUCUUCCCGGACUGACGAUCGAGACUCUGCCUUCCAUGUCUGUCAUGGGCUCAGAGACGGCACGCUUUGGCUUCCGCGAUGGCGAAGAGAUGCCAGGCCUGGUGGAGAGCACGACGGACGAGAGCCGAGACCUGUCCUUGGACAGCGGUCAGGACUCGGGGCUGGACAAGGCGGCGGCCUCAAUCGAGAUGUGGCUACGCGGUGCCUUUGCCAAGGGCCAGGGCACGUCCAGCGGAACCGGGUCGCCGGCCCCAUCAUCUCUCGCCAGUCGGAUCAGCCGGCAGGCAGAAGAUACGACUGGCGAUCUGAUCGAGCUGGAGGACGGCCCUGGCGAGGAUGGAGUGCAUGGAUUCGGCAGCGACAGGACGCCAACAGGCGCAGGGUCGUCUAGCUGGAGGCUGGAUCGUCAAGGCAGCAUGCGCGGUCGGAAUGCUGCUAGUGCUAGCCGGUCGCCGCUGGCCAAGGGAAAGAAGGCAGACUAG